UUUAACCAAUAAAAUGGGGGUGGUAGGAAGCAAUGACUUGAGCCUAGCUCAUAUACAUCUCCCUUACAUCUCCAUGUCCUGGUCUUCCCCUCGUCCCUGUCCAGUGAGCUAGCUCCAAACUCCAAUCCUGAGAGGCCUCCCACUGCGAUCAACAGCAGUUCUCAUCUAUAGAUGUCUCUAUCAUUAGAGAGUUGAAUAUUAACAAGUUGCAACAUUAAUUGUUGCCAUUUAUUUAGUUUGUCCCCUGUGACCGGUCGAUGGAAGGAUAAAUUAAGAGCACAAAUGGCAGAAGCGGUGCUCCUUGCUGUCACGAAGACUGGUUCCAUUGUAGGAAAUGAAACUGCCAAGGCUAUCAUAAAUAAGUUGUCUGAAAAAGUACAUGCUCUGAAGGAACUGCCACGGAAGGUCGAUCAAAUAAGGAUGAAACUGAUAUUUAUGAGCAAUACUAUUAGACAGAUAGGCACAGUCUACCUCACAGAUGAGUCUGUCAAGAGUUGGAUUGGGGAGGUCCGGAAGGUGGCCUAUCGUGUUGAAGAUGUAGUGGACAAAUACUCAUACCAUGUUCUUCAACUGGAGGAAGAAGGGUUCCUGAAGAAGUUCUUCAUCAAGGGUACCCAUUAUGUCAUUGUUUUCAGUGAAAUUGUUGAUGAGCUAGCUGAGAUAGAAGAGGAUAUUCAACAAGUUCUUCAGAUGAAGGAUCAGUGGUUGCAGCAAUCCCAGCUUGUUCCUGACCAACUCGCCGAUAUUGAAAGACAGCGGUCCCAAGAUUGCUUCCCUGAAUUUGUCAAAGACGAUGAUCUAGUAGGAAUUAAAGAAAAUAGGAGACUGCUGACUGGAUGGCUGUACUCCGAAGAGCCGGAUAGCACCGUAAUAACAGUUUCUGGUAUGGGUGGGUUGGGAAAAUCUACGCUGGUCACAAAUGUUUAUGAACGUGAAAAGGUCAACUUCCCUGUGCAUGCUUGGAUCGUCGUGUCACAGAUCUACACGGUGGAUGCUCUGCUGAAGAAGAUACUCUGGAAGAUUGGGCAUAUGGUACCACCAACACCAAUAGAAAUUGACAAAAUGGAUGUACAUGACUUGAAAGAAGAAAUAAAGAAAAAACUCCAAAAUAGGAAAUGUUUGAUUGUAUUGGACGAUGUAUGGGAGCAAGAAGUAUACUUCAAAAUACAUGAUGCUUUCCAGAAUCUCGAAGCAAGUCGCAUCGUCAUUACGACGCGAAAGGACCAUGUUGGCGCUAUCGCUUCUUCCAACCGUCACCUUGAGCUCCAACCAUUGGGUGGGCCUGAUGCAUUUGACCUUUUCUGCAGAAGGGCUUUUUACAACACGAAGGACCACAAAUGCCCCAAGGACCUUGAGGUGAUUGCUAAAUCUAUAGUGGAUAGGUGUCAAGGCCUGCCGCUAGCAAUUGUUAUAAUAGGCAGCUUGUUGUCGUCAAGACCACAAAUAAACAUUUGGAAUCAAACAUGCAAUCAGCUUCGGAGUGAGUUAUCGAACAAUGAUCAUGUCCGAGCAAUUUUAAAUCUAAGCUACCAUGACCUAUCUGGAGACCUCAGAAAUUGCUUCUUGUACUGCAGCUUGUUUCCUGAAGACUACCCCAUGUCACGGGAAAGCCUUGUUCGGCUGUGGGUUGCAGAAGGUUUUGUUCUGAGCAAAGAAAAGAAUACACCAGAGGAGGUGGCUGAGGGAAAUCUCAUGGAACUGAUCCACCGCAAUAUGCUUGAAGUUGUGGACUAUGAUGAGCUUGGCAGGGUUAGCACUUGCAAGAUGCAUGAUAUUAUGCGGGACCUGGCACUUUCUGUUGCCAAAGAAGAGAAGUUUGAUUCUGCAAACGAUUAUGGUGCAAUGAUACAGGUGGACAAUAAUGUUCGUCGCUUGUCAUUAUGUGGGUGGAAAGGUAAUACUGCACCUAAGGUUAAAAAAUUUCCACGUCUUAGAAGUCUUGUGGCUCAUGGAAUAGUUUCAACCUCUCCUGACAUGGUAUCAUCAAUUUUGUCUCAAUCAAGCUAUUUGAGUGUUCUUGAGCUGCAAGAUUCUGAGAUCACUGAGGUUCCAGCAUUUAUAGGGAAUCUCUUUAACCUACGGUAUAUUGGGUUAAGGCGCACCAAAGUCAAGUCACUCCCAGAAUCCAUUGAGAAGCUCUUCAACCUCCACACUCUGGACAUCAAGCAAACCCAGAUAGAGAAGCUACCACGAGGCAUUGUUAAGGUGAAGAAGCUACGGCACCUUUUGGCUGACAGAUUUGCUGAUGAGAAGCAGUCAGAGUUCAGAUACUUCAUCGGAGUGGAAGCACCUAAAGGGCUGUCUAACUUGGAAGAACUGCAGACACUUGAGACAGUACAAGCGAGCAAAGACUUGGCUGAACAACUGAAGAAACUGAUGCAGCUUAGAAGCAUUUGGGUCGACAAUGUAAGUGCUGCUGAUUGUGCAAACUUUUUUGAGGCCCUUUCAAAGAUGCCACUUCUUUCCAGCCUGCUUAUCUCCGCAGCAGAUGUGAAUGAGACACUUUGCCUCCAAGCCUUCGAACCGAUUUCCAAGCUCCACAGACUAAUUGUAAGGGGGCGGUGGGCUGCUAGGACACUGGAGUGCCCAAUAUUUCGCAACCAUGGGGAACAUCUCAAAUAUUUAGCGCUAAGCUGGUGUCAACUUGGGGAAGAUCCAUUGGGGGUGCUCUCACCACAUGUGCCAAAUCUUACCUAUCUAAGUCUUAACAGGGUGGACAGUGCAAGCACUUUGGUUCUUUCUGCAGGGUGCUUCCCUCACCUGAAGAGACUCGUUUUGAAGCGAAUGCCUGACGUCAAGCAGCUGGAGAUCGGGGAUAAGGCUCUUCCAUGCAUUGAAGGAUUGUACAUCGUGUCACUGGUGCAACUGGAUAAGGUCCCUAAAGGAAUAGAAUCCCUUCUCUCCCUCAAGAAGCUCUGGCUGUUGAACCUGCAUGGCGACUUCAGGACUCAGUGGCACACGAAUGGGAUGCACCAGAAGAUGCAGCAUGUUCCAGAGAUUCGCGUCUAGGACGCCCAGAUGGUUAGUUCUGCAUUAGUAUGCUUGUAAGGUGUGUCAGCACAGAACUAUGUUCGCUGUAAUAUGUUUAAUCCUUUUUUUCCAAUGAGUCAUGAAUUAUUUACAGUCAGUAGCGAUGCAUUUCAAUCAUGAUUGUACUUGCAGACUGCAACACAACUACUUCUAAAACAUUGGGUCGUGAGAAACCAAAUAAAUAUGUACUUUAAUUUAUAUGUAAUAAGUUAUUGAUAAAGUCUAUAUUGAGUUGAGUUUGGUUUA